AAUUCAAUCCGUCACAACCUGUCUCUGCACAGCAAAUUUAUCAGAGUGCAGAAUGAGGGAACAGGGAAGAGUUCCUGGUGGAUGCUCAAUCCUGAAGGAGGAAAGAGUGGCAAAUCUCCUAGGAGGCGAGCGGCGUCCAUGGAUAACAACAGCAAGUUUGCCAAAAGCAGAGGCAGAGCUGCCAAGAAAAAAGCAUCUCUUCAGUCAGGUCAAGAGGGGAACGGGGACAGCCCCGGGUCCCAGUUCUCCAAGUGGCCUGCGAGCCCCAGCUCUCACAGUAAUGAUGACUUUGAUAACUGGAGUACUUUUCGGCCUAGAACCAGCUCUAAUGCUAGUACCAUCAGUGGAAGACUUUCUCCCAUUUUGCCAGAGCAGGAUGAUCUCGGAGACGGGGAUGUGCACUCCAUGGUAUACCCAUCGUCGGCCACCAAGAUGACUUCUACUCUACCCAGCCUUUCAGAGAUGAGUAAUUCUGAGAACAUGGAAAAUCUUUUGGAUAACCUUAACCUCUUGUCACCUAAUACGUCAAUGACCGUGUCAACCCAGUCUUCAUCUGCUACCCUGAUGCAGCAAACACCAGGUUACUCAUUCGCAUCCUCGACCACGAGCAUAGGUUCACCCAACCCAGACUACAGGAAGUUUACGUAUGCUCAAGCAAGCAUGAACUCCUUGCCCCAGAUUCCUAUGCAGACUCUUCAAGACAGUAAACCAAGCUAUGGAUCCAUGAGCCAAUAUAAUUGUCCUGCAGGACUUCUGAAGGAGUUACUGACUUCCGAUUCUCCGCCCCACAACGAUAUCUUGGCCUCGGUGGACAGUGGUGUUUCCCAGGCCGGGGGCAGGGCGCUGGGCCAGAGCGUGCUGAUGGUCGCCAACUCGGUGAUGCCGACGUACGGCAGCCAACCGCCCCACAGCAAAAUGAUGAACCCCAACGCCCGCCCUCACCAAGGACAUAACCAGCCCACGCCCGCGGUCAACGGCCGUGCCUUGCCCCACAGCGUGAACACCAUGUCCCACACGUCGGGCCUGAGCCGCCUGGCGACGGUGAAGACUUCGUUACAAGUGCCUAUGGGUCACCCCAUGCAGAUGGGCGCCAUGAACCCCUACGCCCCCGCCAGCAGCUGCAACGGCUACGGCAGGGGGGGGAGAAUCGUUUCCCUCCACCAGGAGAAGCUGCCCAGUGACUUAGAUGACAUGUUAAUCGAACGGUUGGACUGUGACAUGGAGUCGAUUAUCCGUAAUGACCUCAUGGAUGGAGAAACGUUAGAUUUUAACUUUGACAGUGUAUUGCCUAACCAAAGUUUUCAGCAUAGCGUAAAGACAACCACACACAGUUGGGUGUCAGGCUAGGAUAUAGGUGGAGGCUUACACUUAAAUUCUCCAGACUUGUCUGACAGCAGGAACUGAGAAAAGCAGUACAAAGAUGUCCUUCAUCUUCCUUUUUAAUUUUCUUGACAAAGCUGUGCACAUGCACCACCAGCUUUUUUUUGUUUUUGUUUUUUUUUGGGUCUUUUUUUCUUCCUUUCGUCAGAAUUGGCAGCAGACAGAGUAUUUUCCUGUACAGGAUGUUUGCCCAAGGUUUGCAGGUUAUGUGCUGCUGUAGAUAAGAACUGUGCCAUUGGAAAUUUCAUUACUCUGAAGUGCCAAAUUCACUACACCAUAUAAUCACAGCAAAGACUCUUACUGACAUCACGUUGUGCUUUCGGUUUUGUACAGUAUGACCUGUAGACGAAUUGUUUUUUAAGACUAUCUGUUUUGGUCCAAGAAAGUUUAUAAACUUUUGUAAGAAUACUGUGAUGAUCUCAUGCCCUAAGUAAGUUUAACCUUCGUUGAUGUUACCUGUGUUUUGAUGAAUUGAGAUAACUGUGGACUUUCCUCGCAGCAGUACGAACUGCAUUCUUUUACUCAAAACUGCAACACAUUUCAUAUGGGAACAGAAUAGCCUGUUAAAUAUGAUCCUACUAAACUCACUGACUAUUCAAAGCAAACAGUAGGUUAAAUGCCAUUUGAUAAGUUACCUGUAUUCAUGUAAAUUUAUGCAAGAAUAUAUCUGGAUUUCAUUGUCAGACUAAUGACUUUAUUGUUGGACUUAAGAUAAUUUUUUGGAAUACUUUCCAAGCUAUUUUUCUUAUCAUUAAAGUCUACUUUUGUUACAUAGGCAACUUAAAAAAAAAAAUAAAAAUCUGAGAUCUGGCAGCAUUCAUAACCUCUUCAUUUUGUACAGUAUUUUAACUGGAUUAAGUACAGUUUUUUUUAUAAAUUACCCUAGCACUUGGGAGUGCUAAUAAAGGAAAAGCUUAAUAAGGAUCUUGUAUACAAAACAUUUCUGUCCCUUUUUUUUUUGUUGUGUGAUGUAUAAAUAUAGACAAUUUUAUGUUUAGGAAAUAUUUAAUCAGUUUUAUAUAUGCAUUUUUAGUAAUGUCAUCUGCUUCUACUAUCAUUUUAACUCUGACUACCACAAAGUGUUAAGUAUUCAUUGUUAGAUGCUUGUACAAUGCUUCACAUUUAUAUUUAUUUCAUGGAGGUCUCAUAAUGUUUGUGCACUCAAGAGCAGGGCCUUUGGAGAAAAAUCAUAAUUUUAGUAAAAUUAAGGACAAAAUUGUCAUUUGUCUUAAUUAGCACGAGUUUUAGGGUUUGUCAGUGUUUCUGUUGCAAUGCAGUACGUUUGAAGAGGCAAAAGUGUUAACUUUUGAGUGGAAGGCUAGAAUUUGUGUAGCACCCUAUUGCAGGACAAAGUAUUUUGGUUUUUUUUUCAAAUAAGAAAGGUAAAGUAAGUGGCAAAGUUAUACAAACACAUGAGCUUUAGGGUAGAGGAGAGCAUUAAUGACAGAGGCCUCGUUCCUGUGGAAGAACUUGCUCUUGUUGGAGUAGGCACACUGACAGCUCCCUGAGAGAUUUCAGGAUUGGGUCCUGGAUAAAUGGUUUGUGAUUUGUUGUGAUCACAGGGUGCAGUUUUCAGGGGUGUGUGGAUAACAGGCCCCACCUGUCUUCUCACUGCUUGCUACACAUCCUCUGUGUUACCGAAAGCCUUGGAGCUUUUUUAUGGACUGACAGGAUGAACAGCUUUAGUGGCAGGGCUGGCUGUUGUGAAGAAGGGGAGAAAUAAAUAUCUUUCCACUGAUUUUUCUUUUGUCUUUGUAACCCACAACUGGAAAAUCUUCUGAUUGAAACACAUCUUCCCUGUAGUGAUGGUGUAUGCUGGCGAAAGAAACGGGAUGUGCCAAGAAAAUCCAGUUCAGUAACAAGCCAUACAUUUAAUGAUCCUGUAAUGACUUUCCUAAGGCUCUGCAAUGUAUUUAUUGAUGUGCCAACGUUUAGCUCCCUGUUGGGCUUAAAUCACUACUAAUUACAGCUGGUCCUACUUUUUUAGAGAUCCUAUUACAGUUGUCAGCAGUUCCAGAGACUGAUGUUAAGCUGCCCUGCGAUACAGGAUCUCCCCCCAGCAUGAAAUCAGUCUUUGAACUUCCGUUGAGCAAAAUGAAAUGUUCUGAGUGCUGAAGCCUCAGUGAAGCCACCUGCUCUUACAGACAAAUAUCUCUAGUAGCAUCUUCACCGUCAGAUUCACAGCCUCUGAAACGUGGUGGUAAAUCCUGGCAGGAAGAGCAAGCAGAGGGCUCACGUGGCUUUCUGAGGAUCCUCCUUUCUGCUGCCUGUGCAGAAAUGUUUGCUUCCAGAUGGGCACUGUUGUGCACAGGCCCAAGUAGUGGUAAAGUUCACCUCUGCGUGCAGAGGAAGCAGAACUUGAUGCAAUACUCCACAGGGUUGCAGCUGAACAUGCUACACUUAACAAUAUACCUCCUGUUUAUUAUUUACUGCUACUGUAUAACUUCCUGUAUACAGAGAUUUCCUUCAUUCCCUUUUAUAACUAUGAAUAACAUAAAUGUAGCCGUUCCUUAAUUACAGCAGCCUGUUGGAAGCCCCUCUUUAAUUAUUGUGAGAAAGCAGUUGUAGAUAAUCAGAGGUUUGGGCUGUAUGUGGUUUCCUCCUUUUUUUUUUUGUGGUGCCAUUCUAACAUUUUACAAUUGUAAUUCUGGAAUACUGUGAAGUCUGGUGAAAGGACGUGUUGUCUGCCUUGAAAACAAACAUUAUGUGACCUCUAGUAAUAAAUCCUUUUCAAGUAAAAGUACCAAGUUUCUGGAGUAACUUAGUUUGUCAGAAUUGUUGUAAAUGAUUGGUUUGUGACUUGUGCAGAUGAUCUUACCUAUGCAGCCUUGUUUUUUGACUUUUCUCUGGUUUGUACUGUUAUUAAAAGUUUAUUGUAUUAUAGAGCUGUUCAGAUAUUUUAAAUAUAAAGAUGUAUUGUUUCCAUAAUAUAGCUAUAUGAUAUAUGUUUAGGUAAUAGAUGCAUUAAUUGGAAAGCUCUGCUUUGAUAAACUGACAGUUUGCCUACACGUAUAAGCAAAAGUCACAUUGCUUAUUAUUGGCUUGAAGUCAACAGAGCAUCCCUAAGAAGAGAAGUUAAAAUUGGACCAAUUAUAAAACAGUAUAAAAUUUGCACUUGUUAAACCACUGGAUGUAUGUUAGUACUUUUUUUAUUUUUUUACUGAUUUGAAAUUCCUAUUUUCAUGAUGAAAUUGCUAGGAUCCUUAAUUUAUGACUGAUUUUAAGUAAGGUGUUCUCAUUUAUUAUUAUUAUUCUUAUUAUUAUUUUGGUAAUCAUAAUGUAAAAUACAGCAUGGUUUAUGUGAGCAAAAAGCAAAUUACUUGGCAUUAAAACUGGCCUUCUUUUGGAGGGCGUUCCACAAACCAGCAAUAUCGUGAAGAGAUUGGCAUGUACAUACUGCUAGUUCUGCUUGGGAGUGGUGUGACAGCUCUUCAACGCCUCACUGCUCUGAAUUAGUCACAUUGCAGAAUUAAAAUUCAGACGUGGAUAUUUUCAGAAAAAAGAAAAAAAAGUGCCUGAUGUACUUCUACAGACACACGAGAACAAUCCCUGACAGUUUGUUGUAUAAAGCCAUAAAUGUACAUAAAUUAUGUU